AUGAAGCCACACUCGGCUGCUCGGCGGCUGACGCCUCAUUAUGAGCCAGAACAAAGCAGCCUCAAACCCAACGACCACGAAGAUGAAACGACAACAUCAAAACCAGAUAUACUCAAAGCCGGACUGCUGUCAUUACCGCCAGAGAUUCACCUCGAGAUUUCUAGGCGUUUAAUAUACCCAGACGCCCUAUCUUUGAAGCAAACCAACAGACACUUCUAUAGCUUGGUCGACACUGGGGUGGAGUUGAAGAUUGACUGGCUCGUCUCGAGACGAAAGUUGCACUUGGAAUGCCCCAACGAUAAAGGUUGCGAUUUGGGGAGCGACUUAUUACUGAUGAAACGUCGCCGUGAGCACAUUGAGUGUGACACUCGUCCUGGCAUCGGCUGCAUUGUUUACGGCACACCUACAUGUUCACAUCGUCAAAGGAGUCCGAACAGAUGGCGGUCUCGAUUGCACACCAAGCUGACCAUUGAGAUUUGGUGGAUUCUUGUAGCACUUGUGCCGAUUGUAGCUGCCUGGUUGUGGAUGCUGGCCAUCAAACAGCCAUCAGUGACGAAGUGA